AUGUCGACUCUUAGGCUUGCGACAGCUUCCAACGUACGCGCUUUCCAGAUACUGACCGAAGCUCUUAACGCAAGCAACGGGAAGUGGUCACAAUGGAUUGAAAGCGAAACACUCGACGAUGAGGUCGGAAGAUUCAGAGUGUGGGCUGGCAAUUUGGGAGCGUUGCAGAAAGGCCACAGCUCGCUCGACUACAGACUGCGCGGCUCCCCAGUCUUAUUCAGCAGUGCCCUCAGACUACUGAAUGAGCUUGAGCAAAAUCUGAAUGAAACAUAUGCUAUCGUUUCUGAGGCGCGCCUGCCUUACGAACAGCAAACGCCAUCGGAGGGUUCUGACGAUGAUAGCGACCGUGGUUCGUCCAGCGAGGAAGAGGAACACGACUCUGACAGCGACGAGCCUAGAAGCGAGUUGCGGAUGAGAUAUGAAGAAAUCGUGGAUAUCAUCGACAACCUCUACAAGCUCAGCGUCCGCAUCAGGACACCGACCGUACGCUCAAGAUCGCUCAAAGCCUCUGCCUAUACGCCAGUGGAUCCAGAGACUGGUGUGGAUAUCCUCGGUGUGUACGCUGAACUGGAUCGAAAGCAUGUUCGAGAGCUACUCUCGCAGCUAAGGAAGACGCAUCCUGCACAGAAUGAGGAAGAUCGGGACUUCUUGACUGAGCGGUUGAGCUCUUCAAUCACAUUGCGCAGGCGGCAUUUCAAGUAUUGGAAGCGUCAUCGUGAUAAGCUGGGCGCUUCCGCAGAUUCCGAAGACAUAGCAGAUGCUGGCAAACCUACAGCAAAUGAAGCGCCAGCUCCGAUGCGACAUGACACUCUUGAAGCUCACCCACCGAUGCCAACGAUCAAUACUCCAAAGCCGACACCGAGUCAAAAGACCGGGAAAACCUUACUAUCUGGUACAGAGGCGACCCAUCAUCAUCAAUCUCUAGACGAUAUCGUGGACACCAAAUCUGUGACGAGCUACGCAGUCACCGUAAAAGACUUGGACGGAAAAGGCAUCGAUCUACCGCCCCCUCCAAAGGCUGCUACCUGCGACAAAGACUUCGAGUGCCCAUACUGUUGGAUCGUCUGCCCUGCACGAUAUGGCAAAGGCCGAGCAUGGAAAACACAUCUGCUACAAGACCUCCAGCCGUACAUUUGUACACACCGGGACUGCGAGAGUUCCGAACUGCUCUUCCGUAGUCGUCGAGAGUGGGCGGAACACGAAGCAACUCAUCGGAAGCUUUGGCGCUGCCCUGAACAUGUAAACGCCUUAUACAACACCCAAGCUGGUCUUGAGAAUCACCUUCGGCAGGAACAUAUCGGUAGCUUCCCUGACGAUCAGAUAGCUAUCAUGGCUAAGAUCGGAGAGACCAUAGCCGUGGACUCGCGGGAGAAGUGCCCGAUAUGUUUCGUUCCCACGGCUACUGAAGGCUUGGGCGACCUGCAGAGCCACAUUGCCAAUCAUUUGGAGCGCCUCGCUACUUUUGCUCUGCCCCAUGGCAGAGAAGAUGAUGAAGACAGUGCAAGCAGUGUCGCAAGCCGUGGGAGCUCUAACUCUCAAUCCUUGCCCGAGUCGAUAAGUACCGGUUCAAGCAAUGAGAUGGUCGCACUCAACCGAGAUCUGGAAACUGAGCAGUCUGUUGAGACGGAGCUCAAUGAGGAAGACCGCCUGCUGAUACAACUCAAGGAAGAAGAGCACUUGCUAUGGACGGAGGUCGCAGCGCGCUUCCAGGAGACCUUCGGCGGAAUUUACCGUAUACCCGUACUCCAGCUCCGUCUUAAGCGACUAAGAGACGAGAGGUUCAAGCGAGAUCUUGAGUCUGUGAUUAGUGAGGAAGACCUCCUACUACUACAGCUCGGGGACACAGAGAACGUGUCUUGGGAGGAUAUCACAGCGCGCUUCCAGAAAGCCUUUGGCAAAGAGUACAUAACACCUAGAUUCCAGCCUCGAAUUGAGCGUCUAUACAAGGGACCGAGCAAGCAGUCACCGCAGUCAGUCGGGACCAGCCCAGGUUUGCUGUCCGCAGAGAUGCUACAGCAACUUCCAGACGAAAGUCAAAAUCGAUUGGCAAUGUUUUCAAAUCAAGUGGACGACCUGGACGACUCGGAAGACGAGCUACCCGAAAAUGAACAGACUGAUGAGAACAUAUUGCCCGAGCACCAGAAACAUCUGGAAGAACGGGAGGCGUUUAGACAACACGUCUCAUCGUUACCAGGAGUUCUAUCGGUACGAUUCUAUCGCGGCUACGGCUCAUGGACUGGCCUUAUCACGUUCGCCGAUGAUCUGGUGGGCGAACAAGCAACUGCGCUGUAUGACUAUCAACGAUUCCCCAACGUUGUGUUCAAGAGUAAAAAGAACAAAAGCAAGUGGACAUUCACCAGAACCGCUGGCACGAGCAAGAAGGACGGCUCCUUCGUCCGCCAGCCAACAGUGGAUACACAGACCACGGAAGAAGCCGACAUUCUUCCAUCCGGGUCUGACACGUAUGACGAAGAAGUUGAAGAAUCAAGCAGACAACCAAUCAUCACGACUGCCGAGAUCCCCACGUUACGCUCGCUUUAUCAGUCCAGGCGGCUGUUGCAGCGCGAUCAGAGCUUUGCGCCAAACGAUGCUUACAAUCAGAUGAUCUCGUUCUGUCAUUACGACUUAACGAGAUUGAGGGUGGAUGCCAUCGUCAGCAAUGCUUCAGGUAACUUCCAGGCCAAUCCUGAUCCCGAUUCUCUGCAUCACGCUAUCUAUAAAGCCGGCGGUUCAGGUCUCAGAGAAGAGGCGAGAUCAAAAGCCAAGGUCAAAGUGGGCCAGGUCGAGCUCACGCACGGCCACAAUCUUCCAAGCUCAUGGGUGAUUCAUGCAGCUGCACCAGGAUAUACAGGCCGCAAAGGGGUUGGCCAAUUCAACGUUCUUUCCGAGUGCUAUCGGAGUGCCAUGAGGAUGGCGGCUAACUACGAGUUCAAAACAAUUGCCUUUCCUUGUCUGGGUACUGGGGGCUGCAUGUUUCCUGCACGUGUCGCAGCACGUAUAGCGCUACAAGAGAUAAGGGAAUACCUGGAUUCACAUCCUACACAUCGACCUGAGCGAAUCAUCUUCUGCGUACGGGCAGCAGUCGAUGAGAAGGCGUAUACCGACUUUCUACCGGUAUUCUUUCCACCCACACAUGGAGACUUGGACAGAGCAAGAACUUCAGACUGGUCCGCGAAUCGUGCUGCGCUGGCAGCUCAGGUACUAGAGGCACGUACGCAACUUCAAAAUGCAUUGACUGCAAUCACUGUCACCUACGACUUUGGCACGCAAAGUACGGUCUGUGCUCACGACAUGCGCAGGAUCGACUCUACGCUGAGUUCGAUCCGCAAAUAUCUCUUAGGGUCGAAAGAGCUCAAGCGCAGUCUGGGCGAUCUCAACUUACUAUGUUCCGUCAUCCUUACGGCAUGUGCUGACAUUAUGGAUAUGGCCGAGCGAGCACGUAAACAGGGCCGUGCUGGAAAUACGCAGUCUAUCUGGACCGAAGCCAACACCGAUAUACGAGCCAAGCAUGGAUUCGAGCUUACGAGUGUCUUUGACUACAGCUGGAUCUUCGCCAACAGCUUAGAAGAGGUCCUGAUACUUGGCAAAGCAGAACCAGAUGCGAUGGGAAGAGCGCGUCAGAUCUUGGAGACCUAUGGUGUCAAGCAGAAGGGCCAAGAUGCCGAAGGUAUCCGCGACCACCUGGAUGAGGUGCUGUACGUCCGUGAGGCUGAACGUCCUACCCCCAAAGUUCGCGGACUCAUCCAAAUUCAUCAAAUACCCCCGGUAGCGAGGCUCUACAUACUGGGCCAACUGGAAGCGAAGCCUACAAUGGCGAAACCCUCCACUCUAUUCAACCACACUGUGUGCCUACUGAGAGAGGACAUCACGAGGCUGGAAGUCGACAUCGUGGUAAACUCAACCGAUCCAAGCUUCUCCGGCAUGGGCACUCUAGAUCGGAGCAUCUUCAAGAAAGGAGGCGAUGAACUGCGCUCGGAAGUUUCGGCUUUCGGCAAAUGUGAAGAAGGCGACGUCAAAGCAACUGCUGGAUACCUUCUCCCAGCCAAACAUAUCCUCCAUGUCGUUCCGCCUGGAGUGUUCAGGAGCGAUACCAAGAACAUUUUGAGGAAUAUCUACCGGGCAAUCCUGCAUGAUGCUGUACUCAUGAGGGCGACUUCCAUUGCGAUACCGAGUAUCGGAACCGGCAUGCGGAAUUACCCGCGGCGCGACUGCGCGUCAUUGGCCAUGGAGGAAGUGAAGCGCUUUUUGGAAUCUGCUGAGCCGGGUAAUGGGCUUGAUAAGAUUAUAUUCGUGGUCUUCUCUUCCAAUGACGAGUUCGUCUACAAGAGCCUUUUGCCGGUCUACUUUCCGCCAACGAAAGGUAAUACAUCGCCUACUAUCUUGGCGCAACAGCCCGCGCGGGUCGAAGAAAGUUCUUCUUCAUCAUUACCGGUUCUCACGGAUCAGCCCUCUCUGCCGGUUGCUGGAACGGAGGCCUCCCCCAAGGUGGCCUCUGCCGUCGACUUCGCAAUGACGGGAAUUAUGGGCCAAGCCGCGGCCAACACCGAGGUCAGAUCCGGCAAGCAGCCAGUAAAGUCACGGGCCUGGAAUGACGAUGAAGCCAAAACUUUGAUGGACUUCGAGCUACAUGUUGGAACUUGCAAAGUUUGCAAAAACGGCCUCCAUGAGAGAACCCACCGACUGUGCGAGCCCGGCUCCCAUUUGGCCGAAGCAGUCCUGCAGCGAACGGAGAUGUCUGAAGAUGCAAUCUUGUACAGCAAAGCGGACAAGCAGGGCCAAAGGGAGCAACUGGAGAUACCGAUGGAACAAUUGCUGCCCCGUUCCAUGCUGUUAAUCUCCACUGUUGCAAAAGGCGGACGUUAUAUGUGUGAGAAUACAACUGCUCAGGUUGAGAAGACUGAUAUGGCCAAUCUCGAUAAGCUCAUCUCUUCCGACUCGUCCUUCAAGUCCCACGACGAGUCUUCAGAAGCGAAACACCAGCGCUCUGACGUUGAGAAGAAGAUAGAGAGUCAUCGUCAAGAAAUCCGCGACCAGAUAUCCCAGCUCCCUGACUCACAGAAAAUGAAGGACCUGGUUUAUCAACAACUCAGCGACGAGGUCGUCGCGGCGAUACGCCUGCGCUCAGGUGACCCCGAUGUCUUGCAGGCUACAGAACAACCUGCAGUAAUCCGGGUGGAGAUCAAACUCCCAUCUGUCAAUACUGAAACCUGGGCAUACUCUUGGGUUCGAGUCUCCAGGAGUAAGAUUGAGAUGUAUCCUGGGGAUUAUCAACCUGAUCCAUACGGAAAGUCCAUUGAAGAUGCCCCGGAUGCAUCGAUAGAUCUCAUGGAGACCGUCACAGAAUUGACCCGCGACCAUACCACGGCAGUAUCUUUAUGGACAGCAGAGCGAAGAUCAGAAUUGCAAGCAAGAUGGCAGUUCCGCAGUUCUGACGCUGCUGAUUCAACCGCGCUUUUUGAACUUUUUAAGCGAGCCCUCGAUCGUAGUCGCCAGGAGCGGGAAAAGAAUGUGUUAGCUGAGAUUGAAGAGGCAACAAGCCCGGAACCAGCGAUUGCCGCAGAAAGCGGACGGGAUGUCCUUGGAGAUCCGUUUGUUGACGUCAACAAGCCGGAUGCAGCGAAGUUGGAAGACCAAACACAGACGGAAGACAUGGCCACAUGCUCUUCGAAAGCCGAGGAUGCGAAUGUUGUUGCACCAGAUGCGGGGCCACGUGCUGUGAUCCGUGUCGAGGCUCGCGCUUCGCGCGGAGCUUCCGACUGGACGAACGCCAUUCUAUACGUUUAUGAGGGCAAGAUUGUUGUGGAAUUCGAGAAGAAAGAUGGCCCAGACCAGCCAUAUGCGACAAUAGACCUCACGAAUGGUCUUCCACAUCUGGGCCGCGAAGGUAGUGGUCCUGAAAUCGACCACGUGAAUAUGGCGUGUCUACAGGUGGCAAGAAGGGGAGAAUGGGAAAAGCCAUGGUUUUUACCAAGGGAGACAUGGUAUUUUCGCAGCCACGGAGAGUCUGAUACAGACGCCAUGUUCAAUGUCCUCCAGGAAGCCGUCGAUCGCAAUAAGAAAGUGGGGAAGAGAAUAGUGUCCACUGAUGUCGAAGGAAUGACAAGCCCGGGACCAACGACUGCGCCAAUUGCACAACGCGAGGAAACUAGAGAAGCUUUCGAUGCAUUGUCUUUUCCUGAAUGGAGAAAAUGGUUGCGCGACAUCAAAGAUCAAGUAGAUGACAAACACCGCACCGACGAAGACACAGAUCCACAGCACGUCGCGCACGUAGACCCUACAUCCACUUCCAGUGGUGUGUCAAACAAUUCUGAGCAGGAUCAAGGAGAGUCUACGCUGGAGAUGCAGAUUCUUACUCACCUCGACGAAGACCUUAAGACACGACCUGGCUCGUACAUAGGUCAACGUAUCGAGGACAUAGCUGCAGCCUUUAAGCCACACUACCCGACUUUCAUCGCUUAUGUUCUGCGAAACCUCGCUACUCAGGGGAAGGUUCAUAACACUGUGGAUACCAAUACGUGGGUCAUCUCGAAACCGGGCACUGAGUAUACUGGGCCCAAGCUAUCGAAAGCGCUAGGCUAUGAAGUUGAAGAUGCUCUAGCCUAUGAGGUUUUGCUAUGCAUAAAGCGCGUGGGAAAAGGGAUGACCAUUCCGAGUCUGGCUUCCGAACUUCAGAUGCCCACGUUAGUGAUCUCGCCUGUCAUUCAGCGACUAACCGCGAAGGGGCUAGUGUCCGUACAAUCUGAUGGAGAGCGGUGGCUUCUGACCACGCAGGGCAGCUCCAUAGCACAUCAGUUGAAGUACACGUUGGAAAAAGCGAAACAAGAGCUCGCCCAGAACGCCAAACCCGCUGACUCCGAUGAGGAUGCUUCCAACAAACUCUCUGAUCGCGCUUUGUCGUAUCUAAGAAGCUUACCUGGAAUGAGCGGGAACAUUUCGGAUCUCGCGAAUACUUUCGAUACUCCGGUGGCUGAGCUUCAACCAGUGCUUGAACAGUUGGGCUCUGAUGGUUUGAUCCGGCAGGAACCUCCAGAAGAGACUCAAUCCGUGUUUGCCGAACGAGGCAGCGAUUCAGGGGAAGACUUGCAGACAGGGCGGUCAGAUCGUGAUGAGUUUGUAGAGAGCGUUGACAACAGCACAAAGGCAAGUAUUUUCGCCAGGAUGAACGAGUUACAGCUCGAAGAAGACACUUCAGAAGACGAGGAAAGAGAACGCAGAUAUUUGGAAAAGAAGAAACGAUGGUCCGCGGGCAUAUUCAAGCGCAGCCACAGUCAGGCCCGAAGCGUCGAUGGAGAUAGCAGCCACUCCGAUGGCGAGCCUCUUGAUUCUGAGAUCGCUCCAACCACGAAGCCAGAGCACGAGAGUAUGGCACCGAAGGAAGAACAACCAACAAGAGAAUUUGCCAGCGCAAGUCAAGCUAGCAGUUGGAGAGAUGGCAGGGGCGCAAAGGAGAGGAGAGAAACGAAGUCCAACAAAGCAUUAGCUGAUGACAUCCGAGAAGACACGGAACCAGGCACAGCGAGUAGGUUGAGACGAAUGAAGAGUGCAAGGGAAAGGAAGCACAUUGCAUCGAGCAAGGCAAAGAAGGACGGCAUUGAUGACGAGUUGGAGGACUACGAUGGACAAGAGGAAGACUUUGUGUAA